AUGAGGGCCAUUCUGACUUUAGUGGAGCCAGUGGUUGUCAUCAAUAGACUGGGGACGUCCUUCUUUGAGAUGGCCCUCACACAGACCGUGUACAAUCAGUCGCUGAAGGCAACAGCAGGAGACAGCGAUCGGGCGCAGGCAUUAUCCUCACGCUUUCUUCUUGUUCAGAGUGUGCUGUCCUCUGUGGCGGCCAUGUUGUCCAUUAUACCACUGAGCCGCAUGGCAGACCGUCAUGGACCUAAAGUCUUCCUGGUGGCCUCUCAAAUGGGUUCGGUUUUGGGCAUGUUCAUGCUUGUCAUCUUCAUGUACUGUGAAGUUCCUCUGGAGUUUCUGUACUUGGGUUCUUUGCUGCAUGGUUUGAGCGGAGGCGGGCCGAUGUUUUGGGCCGGGGUGGCGGCUCUGGCGUCUCUGAGCUCGGCGCAGGGCAAACGCACUCUUAAACUCAACAUCGUUGACUUCUGUUUUGGGGUCGCAGGGGUCGUGGGAGGUCUCCUGUCUGGAUAUCUGUACCAGAUGGGACCAUCAAUUCUCCUCCUGACAGCAAUUCUAGUCAGCGUUGUGGCAUUACUGUACUCUGUGUUUGCCCUCACUGACUCGAGAAGUUCGCUCUCUGAGAGUGAGCCGUUGCUGGCUGAAUCCGAAAAUGGGAAAACGAUGGAUCGAGUCUCUGUAGGCAUGCUGAUGACAGCAAUGGUGUUGUUCAUGCUAGGCAUGGUUGGGGCAGAAAAUGUGCUUCAGCUGUAUGUGCUGAAGCCCCCCCUGAGCUGGGACUCGGUUUGGGCCGGAUAUGGCAGGGCCGCCACCAGCGCCAUGUACCUGAGUAGCUUCAUAGGGGUCCUGGGUCUGUUCAAAGUGUUGGGAGACACAGCCCUCACUCUACUGGGUAUUGUGUCCAACUGUACUGGGAUGGCAAUCAUGGCAUUCGCUGUAGAAAGCUGGGUCUACUUCCUGGCUAGAGGGAUCAUGAUGUUUGCCUGCGUUCCCAUGCCAACACUGCGAGCCAUGCUGUCCAAGAAUCUGCAUCCUCAGCAAUAUGGGCGAGUCUUUGGGCUGCUCCAGCUGGUUCUAGCUGUGACUGAUCUCUUGUCCAAUGUCUUUUUCACCUCCAUUUACCCAUUAACUCUCGGCUGGUUCAGUGGCUUCUGCUUCCUCCUCUCCUGUGCUAUUAGUUACAUCAGUGCUGUCCCGAUCAUUUAUCGAAGUGGCAGAGACUUGAGACUUGGAUCCAUUUGAGAUGUUGAACACUUGAAAAUGUAUCUGUUUUUAUUUUGAUUCAGUACUACGGAGCCCCUAAUGUGAUGAAAAUAAAAAUAAAAAUAGCAUAACAAUUAUAUUAUUACCUGAGAAUAUCUGCAUUCACUCACAAAACCUUUGCGUUCUCACACAAAAGUAUUGCAAUACCCAAGAAAAUUUGUGUUUGUUCACAAAACUACUGCGUUCUCUCCCAAAAGCAUUGCAUUCUCUGAUAAACUUUGAAUUUGCUCACAAAAUCUUUCUGUUCUCCCGGAAAAAAAAGUACUGCAUUCCCAGAGAAACUCUGUGUUUGCACACAAAACUUUAGCAUUCUCUCCACAACGUUUUGCAUUACCUAAGAAACUUUGCAUUCGCUCACAAGACCUUUCCAUAUUCUCACAAAAAUAUUGCAUGCCCACAGAAAAUUUCAAGUUGUGCUUGCAAAACUUUUGUGUACCCUGAAAACUUGACAAAAUUUUUGUUUUUCCCCAAAGUUUCAGAUCCUCUUGUAAAAGUUUUGCUCGCUCACAAAAAUGUUUGCAUUUUCUUAAAAAGAAUUAAAUUCCCUGUGAAUCUUGCAAAAGCACUGAAAUACAGUUUUUUCCUCCCGCCUUAUGUUAUUUCCAUAAUUCGUUUUUCAUUUGCGCACAAAAAUUUUGCAAACAAAUAGAAAACUUUUGCAACUGAAUUUGGAACUUUAGCGAAAGAACAAAAAUAUUUUGCAAGCAAAAGUACAGUUUCUCAGGGUAAUGUAAAAGCAUGGACAUUUCUUCUCAUGACUAAUGUCCCUUUAAGGGCUCUGUACAUUUCUCUCAGAUAUUAUCACAUAACAUCAUAUCUAAUGUCUGAUUUCCACUAAUGCAUAAUAUAAAAUUUGAUUGCAAUAAUAAAAAGCGCAAUACAUAAUAUAAUGUCAAAGAACUGGAGAACUAAAAUAAGUAUGAUGCAAAAGUCUUUCCAGCUUUCUUGCAGGACACAUAGUUUGGUAAGAUAAGUAUUGUUUAUGGUGAAAAUAGUUUAAGGUCUUAAUAUAAAAUACUAUUAGCAUUUUAGGACUGGACACAUGAAGUGUCUAUCAUGCAAUACGUUUUUCAUGUUAGAGAGCAGCAUUGCAUAUGGUUUUCUAUUGUUGCAGUAAAUAGUCUGUGUUUCUUGUAUGUGUUAUUCUCAAUAAACCUCCUUUAAA